GGGUCCUUCUCGGCUGCCGUCGCUAGCGUUUUGGCAACAGACGCAUAUUGGAACAUACAGUCAGUCAGAGAGGGUUACAGCGGAGCUAGUAAUCAAGGAUAAUUGAUACAGUACUUUGCAGGAUCCUCGUUGUAUUUGUGCUUGUCAGCAGGUUUAAUAGCGCGUUUUUAAGAUUUCCAAUGGAGAUAAAUGAGAUGUGUGUAAUGCUGGCCUUAUAGACGCGCUUCAAUAAUCAGAGGCAGGCCAGUAGCAUGAGACAAGUGACUGCAGGAUUCCAGGCUUUGACCAACUGACCAACGUAGACGUCUGCAGCCUCCAGACCAGCGCGCCCCCCCCCACACUCAGGUGCAUGACCGCCCCCCGGGACAGGUGAGGGGGCGGUUGCACAUGCAGACGGAGAAGAAGCCUCCGGUGUUUGCUGUGAAACGCGAGGAGCUGCGGCAUAGCUACGAGGGCGCUCGCGAGGGUCAGCAGCCAGGACGCGGCCGCAGCCGGGAGGACAUGGGAGCCGUGAUGGGGCCCGUGUUGCUAUGGCUGCAGGACGUUACCGCGGUGACGCUGCUGAGGGCCAGACGCACACUGCUGCAGGUGGCCGUAGUGCUGCUUGUCCUGCUCCUGCUCCUCUGGGUGUCCAUCUUCCUCUACGGCAGCUUCUACUACUCCUACAUGCCCUCGGUCAGCUACGCCACACCUGUGCACCUGUACUACAGGACUGACUGUGACUCCUCCGAGGCUGGCCUCUGCUCCUUCCCCAUGGCUAACAUCUCUCUGCUGAAGAAUGGCAGAGACCAGGUGAUGGCUCCUGGUCAGCCAUAUAGAGUGUCUCUGGAGCUGGAGCUGCCGGAGUCUCCAGUGAAUGAGCAGCUGGGGAUGUUCAUGGUGAAGAUGUCCUGCUAUAGCCGAGAUGGACACACCACUGCAUCUGUCGCUCGCUCAGCCAUGCUGCACUUUCGCUCCAGUCUCCUCAAGACGCUGAGCACGCUGGUCUUCUCCCCACUGCUGCUGGCCGGCGUCUCCGAGCAGAAACAGCUCCUGGAGCUCGAGCUCUUCACAGACUACAAAGACAACUCGAAGCGCUUGACGGAAGUCACCUGAACCAAGAUGUCGUCAACAUCCCAAAAGCAUAAAGAGUUUGUGGCCGAGCCCAUGGGCGAGAAGUCGGUAAAUGCUCUAGCAGGCAUCGGAGAGGUUCUGGG